UUUUAACAAAAGACAAUCGCGACGCACGUCAAUGAAACAAUAACACAACAAAAAUAUUUUUGAGCCGUACGACAAUCGACAGUAUUUUUACAUACGUAAACAAUAACAAGUUUAGCAAGACCGCAAUUGUAAAUAAUUAAAAUUAAUCGUAAUUUGAAGCAAAGUUAUCACACAGAAUCCGACAUUACCGACAUGUACCCACAAUUCAUUUGACAUUCGUUGACGCCAUUUUGAACGUUGUGUGUGUUGUGUUAAAAACAAAUCAAUUAUUUAUCUUAAUUUAACCAAAUUGCGCUUAAUUAUCGUAACAUUUAACUUAAUUAUCCCACAUUAGGGCUAGGGUGUCGCUAUGGGUGAAGAAAAAGAGGGAAAAAAUAACGAAAGAGAGCGUAGCCGAGAGCGUGGGGACCGCGAAAAAGACCGGAGACGGCGUUCACGUUCUCGGGAGCAUCGCCGGAGAUCGCGUUCCAAGUCCCGAGACCGUCGCCGAAGAAGCCGCUCAGGGAGCCGUCACAAGAGUCACUCGCGGAGACGCAAGCCUUCGUUGUAUUGGGAUGUACCUCCGCCCGGGUUCGAGCACAUCACCCCCUUGCAAUACAAAGCUAUGCAGGCAGCGGGACAAAUCCCGGCGAAUAUCGUGGCCGAUACGCCCCAAGCGGCUGUCCCCGUUGUCGGUUCGACAAUCACGAGACAAGCAAGGCGGCUGUACGUGGGGAACAUACCAUUUGGGGUGACUGAAGAGGAAAUGAUGGAGUUUUUCAACCAACAAAUGCAUCUAAGUGGGUUGGCGCAAGCUGCUGGAAAUCCAGUCUUGGCUUGUCAGAUCAAUUUGGACAAGAAUUUCGCCUUUUUGGAGUUUAGGUCGAUUGAUGAGACGACGCAAGCGAUGGCUUUUGAUGGGAUUAAUUUCAAAGGCCAGAGUUUGAAAAUUCGACGGCCGCAUGACUACCAACCUAUGCCAGGUAUGGCCGAAAGUAGUAUUAGUGUUCCAGCGGGUGUUAUAAGUACGGUCGUGCCCGAUUCGCCCCACAAGAUUUUUAUUGGUGGACUACCGAAUUAUUUAAACGAGGAUCAGGUGAAAGAACUUUUGAUGUCGUUCGGACAAUUAAGGGCCUUUAAUUUGGUCAAGGACACGGCGUUUGGCUUGAGUAAAGGUUACGCCUUUGCAGAGUAUAUCGAUAUUACAAUGACAGAUCAGGCCAUCGCUGGAUUAAAUGGGAUGCAACUCGGCGAUAAACGUUUGAUAGUGCAGAGGGCUAGCGUGGGGGCUAAAAACGCGACCGUCAUACCAGCGGUACAGAUACAAGUACCUGGACUUAGUCUCGUGGGGGCUUCAGGGCCACCAACUGAAGUUUUGUGUUUGUUGAAUAUGGUCACUCCAGAUGAGCUUAAAGAUGAAGAAGAGUACGAAGAUAUUCUUGAAGAUAUCAAAGAAGAAUGUAAUAAAUACGGUGUUGUUCGGAGUAUAGAAAUUCCCCGACCGAUAGAGGGCGUGGAAGUUCCGGGAUGUGGAAAAGUUUUUGUCGAAUUUAAUUCGGUUUUGGACUGCCAAAAGGCUCAACAGACCCUCACUGGUCGGAAGUUUAGUAACAGAGUCGUCGUGACGUCAUAUUUUGAUCCAGAUAAGUAUCAUAGGAGAGAAUUUUAAUUAAGUAAAAAUUUGUUCUGACGUGUAUUUCUGGUAAUUAAAAAAAUAUAAGUAGG